UUAACAUUGAUAUAGCUGAUUGAAUAUUGUUUGGAAACAAAAUGGAAAAUAAGCCACGAUUUCUUAAGGAGGCUUAUUUAACAUGAUGGAACAUAAAGUCAAGCCAAAAAACAAAAUGCCUUGAGUAAGCUAUGUGGUGUGAUAUUUAAUACAUUGAAAAUAGCAUACAAAGCCAACUGAAUAGUUCCAAUUAGUUACUAGCUCGCCUGAUGCUAGAAAUCAGAAUAUAAAACAAAAAAUGUUUAAUAUCACUAAAAUGCCUCUCCUUAACUGUCCAAUAUGUAGAAAAAUGUUUUCAAAUCCAAGGAAUAUGAAGUAUCAUAUAUAUUUACACACAGGUGAACGUCCCUUUAGAUGUUUGACAUGUGAGAAAACAUUUAUUAGAAAAUCUCAGGUAAAAAAUCAUUUGUUUACACAUUCUGGGAAGUAUCCUUACAAGUGCACUACUUGUGGAAAAUCCUUCAAAACUAGCAGCGAGAUGAAGAUUCAUACAUUGGUUCACACGACAGAGCGACCUUAUAAGUGCACUACUUGUGGAAAAUCCUUCAAAAGAAAGAAAAAUAUGAAGCAACAUACAUUGGUUCACACAGGAGAGCGACCUUACAAGUGCAUUACUUGUGGAAAAUCCUUCAAAACUAGCAGCGAGAUGAAGAUUCAUACAUUGGUUCACACGACAGAGCGACCUUAUAAGUGCACUACUUGUGGAAAAUCCUUCAAAACCAGCAGAAAUAUGAAGAGACAUACAUUGGUUCACACGGGAGAGCGACCUCAUAAGUGCACUACAUGUGGAAAAUCCUUCCAAACCAGCAGAAAUAUGAAGAGACAUACAUUGGUUCACACGGGAGAGCGACCGCAUAAGUGCAGUAUAUGUGAAAAAUCCUUCCAAACCAGCAGCGAUAUGAAGAGACAUACAUUGGUUCACACAGGAGAGCAGCGACCUCAUAAGUGCACUAUAUGUGAAAAAUCCUUCCAAACCAGCAGCGGUAUGAAGAGACAUACAUUGGUUCACACAGGAGAGCAGCGACCUCAUAAGUGCACUAUAUGUGAAAAAUCCUUCCAAACCAGCAGCGGUAUGAAGAGACAUAUAUUAUUUCAUCUGGAAGAUACAUCAGAAAUAGUUGCAAUAUGAUGUUUCAUACAUUAAUUAAUUACUAGGUGAA